AUGGGAUAUAUGCCUUCAGAGUAUGAUAAAUACUUUAAUUUUGGUCUUAUUGAUUACUCAGAAUUUGAUAUAAAUAUUGAACCCCCAACACCACCUCCAAUACCUCAAAAUAAUAUUAAUACUAAUCAGGAAGAUCAAGUGUCUAUGCAAGAAAAUAUUGAUUCUAGUCAAGAAUCUAUUGAAAAUCAAGUUAAAGAUCAGGAAAUCAUGCCAGAACUAAAUCAAGAUGAACAAGAUGAAAGCUUAACAAUUGAAACUGACAGUGACAUGAAUUAUUGUUUUGAUAUCGUGAGUUAUAGUCUUAAUCCAGAAUGCACAAAUAUCGAGGAGGUUGUUAAUUAUGAAGACACCAUAUUGGAACCAGAACAAAGUAAAGACACGUUAUCAAGUGAAAAUGAAACUUUUGAAGAGAAUGAAGAAGAGCUGGAAUCAAAUUUCGACAAAGUACCUAUGGAAAUCAUCGUUCAUAUCUUCAAGUUUUUAAAUCCAAGUGAUUUAAAGUUUGUAGCCUUAGUCUCUCGAAAAUUUCUAUCGGCAUGCAUGUACAAAAAGCUAUCGAAAAAUUUCAUGCUGCACUUUGUUGAUUCUUAUUACAAAGAGUUUUCAGUUCAGAUAUCACAGUUUGUUGACUCGUUAAGGAUUUUUCCUAUUAUCUCUUUAAAUACCGGAAACUUUGAUAUUGCUGCUCAGUCAUUUUGGCUAGAUUAUGGUCUUAACAUCGAAGAGAUUUACUUCCGCAACGGAAUAUUGAGAAAGGAAGAAUUUGAGAAUAUUAUUCGAUGGACGAAAAAUUUAAAAGUAUUAAAGAUUGAGUCAAACUCUAUAUUUGCAACAUGGCACAUCAGAAAUGACUACAGUGAGCGCCUGUUUGUCUUUGAGAAUUGCUAUCACAUUUCAUUAGCUAAAAAUGCCUUCAUUAACCGUAAAAUAUUUGAUUAUAUGGUCUCAAAAGCACCGAAUUUAAGAGAAAUUGAUUUAUCUUAUUGCCUUGGAAAAUUGAAUGGACGAGAUAGAAAUAUGUUACUUGAUCACUUCAUUUUUUAUUUAAAAGGAUAUGGUGACACGAUAAAGGCCAUUAAUCUCACACAUACUCUUACGGACGACUAUUUCCUGCAACAAUUAUCUGAAGUAAAAUGUCUAAAAUUAAAAUCAUUGUCACUUACGUUUAAUGGAUGCGUCACAAACAAUAAGUUCGGAUUGAUUCCGUUACUAAGAGCUCAAAAUGAGUUGGAGAUGCUUAAUCUCUCUGAGUCUCCAGCAGUGGAAGAAACUAUUCUAAUGGAAAUUUCUACAAAUUUAAAGCACAUCAGACGAUUAAUUUUACGAAAGUGCUCUCAUGUCACUGACUAUAGCUUAGUACCAAUAUCACGAUGUGAAUAUUUAGAAGCAAUUGACAUAACUGCCUGCGAUUUAGUGACUGAUGAGGGAAUCCAUGACGCUUUAAUGAUUGGAACGCCUAAGAAGCAUAUGAAGGAACUGUAUUUCGCAUUAUUGUCAAAUAUAACCGAAGUCAUGUUUGUUAGACUUGGACCUAAAUUUCAUGAGCAAAUAACACAUCUUGAUUUGGGUGGUUCAACAAAUUUAGCAGACGAUGCCUUGCAAACAAUUUUCUGUCAUUUUACAAAAAUAAGGUUCCUUAAUUUAGACAGCUGCUGUAAAAUAUCAGAUUAUGGAUUAACAGGAAAGUUUCAAAAUCAAUGUUAUUUUUCAAUAAAGAAUCUUAGAGGACUUCGAAUAUUCCGAAUGCAAAAUUGUUACAAGGUCACAGACUUUGCUCUAAUUGAUAGUUUUGAGUUUAAUGAACUUCGUGAAUUAUAUAUGGCGAGAACUCACUUCAAAAGAGAAGGUUUAGAAGCAUUAGUUAAGAACUGUCCAGCUAUUGAGAUUUUAGAUUUAGGAGAAGUUGAUGGUGUAGAUGAUGACACUAUCGAAAUUGUUACAAAGCAUCUUCAUCGAUUGCAUACUUUAAAGCUUAAUGGCAACGAGAAAAUCACGGAGAGAAUAUUCGACCACAUUUACCAAAACUGUUUGGACAUAAAAUAUCUGUACCUAAGGAACUGCCCAAAUAUCAACGCAGAUAAUAUCAUGAAUCAGCUGUAUCUGAUGAAGAGUUUAAGAAAAGUUUAUCUAGAGUGA